AUGUUCGCUUUUGAAAAUUGGUGAGUAAUUUUUGAGUUUUCCGCUCCAAAUGAAUUAUAUGACUCACUUUAAAGAAUGUGCGAGGCUAAAAUCGUAUGUUUAUCAUAUUUUCAUAUAGAUAGUCAGUUUUUUACCGAUGGGAAAUUAUUUAACAAUUCCAAAAACGAAAUAUUUACAUUUUUAUUUAUUUUCACCCAAAUUCCGUUCUCUCUCUCAUUUUAUUUUCCAUCUGCUGCAAACGCGCUCUAUUGCACACUCUGGUCUCGGGUCGAUUGUCGAUUUUUGGCCACUCGCAUACCCUCUCUGUUUUUUUCAGUCUUUCAUCCUUUUUCCAACUUUUUAACUGAUUACUUUAGUUUUUUUCAGUAUGAGGGUACUUAUAGCCGCGUUGUCAGUGAUUAUCGCGGUUUCCGCAUAUGAUGCCGUAUAUUUCUCCAACCAACGAGAUAUUCAGUGAGUUUUUCUGAGAAUUUGAAAGAUUUUGAAAUCAAAUCAUUUUCAGAUCAUCGAAACUUGAAAAUAUUGUGAAUUCAGCUAGUGCAGAUGAACCAGUUGUAUUUAUUGUGAAUCCAGAUUUCACAUUAGGUAAGUAAUUUUUCUUGUGUCGAUUUUUAUUCAAACAUCUUAUGCUUCAGGUCAAUUCUCUGUGAAGGCUAAUGCUUAUUCAAGUGAGCCAACACAAGAUUAUUUGGCAAAAUUGGUGAAAUCUAGCAAAUAUCAUGGUGCAACUUAUUUCACUGAACAAUUUAUUGUGAGUUUUUGUUAUCAAAUCUUAAUUUUUCUAAUACAGAAUUUAAAAAAAAUGUAUUUUCAACUGAACAUUUUCAGGUUCCAACAGCUAGUGUUCUCACAAGUUCUUCUGACUUCAAAACCGGUUCAUCGGUCUACGUUCUCGCUGGAGAAGAAUGGACAUCAGCUGAAGAAUUGGCUCAACAAGUUUUGGAGAAAAUCGAAAACGCUGUUGUCAUCAUCACCGCAACCGACGGUGUUAGCCAAGAAAAAACUCGUGUGAAGCGUGUCGGACUCACUGGUGGUGAAAGUAGACAAAAUGAUGCAGAGGCGACUGGAAACAUUGCUUUGCCACUCAUUUUGCCACCAUAUAAUGUGACAGGACUCACAGCUCCAGCAAAUGGGUAAGUCAUUUUGUUUUGAGGAAAUGCAAAAAAAAACAAGGUUAUUCGUUUUUCAGCGAUAGCAGCUGUUUGUUCUAUUUGGAAGGACUUGAUGUUGUUGUCCAAAAGAAGGAUUCUGGAAAAACAACCUAUUCAGCUGCAGCAAUUCGUCAAGGAAAUGCUACUUGGAGUUAUGCUGAUGGUUAUGCUAGUUGUGUCAAUUCAUCAGUUGGAAGUUUUGUAUUCCGUAUUUCUUUGACAACAACUGGAGAAGUUGCCGAUAGCGGAGAUUUGUUCACAAUUCCUUCCGGUUCAAAUAUUGAUGUUUCUUUGACUAUUAAUGGAACCAAAGAUGGAUAUUGGCAAUUAGUUGGAGCUACUUUGAAUAGCGCUUCGAUCAACUUGAAAAACGGAGGAGUAAGUUCAUUUAAAAAUUGACUAAUUUAUAAUUUAUGAUCUUUAGGCAGUAACAGCUUCUGGUGUAACAGUUGGAGAAGGUGCUACACAAUACACAGGUCUCAAUUCAGUCGCUGGAUUUGCUCUAACUUGCAGUCAAACUCAAGCAGUUUUCUUCGCAACCAACAACGAUGCAGUUAGAAUUGGAUUAUCUUUGCACAAUUCGCAAGUUCAAACAUACGUUGUUAUGCCAGAAUGGAAACAAUGGGCGUAUUUCACAAGACAAACUGAAGAUUGUACUGGAACAUUCUCAUCUGGAUCAUGGAUGGGUAAGAAUUUCAACUUUUAAAGGAAAGAUUAUUGAAAUCUUGUUUUUUUUUAGGAAUUUUAUCAGCACUUGUUCUUAUUACUGGACUUAUCUUUGGUUAUUUGAUGCUUCAAUCAGUCCAAACACAAGAUCGUUUUGAUGAUCCAAAACAAAAACAAAUUGUGAUCAAUGUUAGAGAAUAA